AUGGGCUUCAAAGUAUCUUAUCGAAGCGUCAGCUGCUUAUUCAGAAAACAAAAUCUGCGUCUAAAUUUGGAUAUACAAGGGUGCUUCCGCUCUGUGGCGGCAGCACAGACGACUCAACCGCCACUCUACUCCACUUCCACCAGUUUUGUUUCUAAGCUAGAACCUGCUGUUUCCAUUUCACUGACAACCUCAACGGUAGACUUUACCAGCUCAAGUGUCUCGACAACUUCUCGAUCCAUCAAUCCCAACUCACUCCUCCCAACGACUCAAAUGAGGACCACAAGUCUAUUUACUUCAGGCUCAUCUCCCAGCACAACUACCGCCCCCAGUACUAGUUUCGUCCCCACAACAUUUGGCCAUUUCAGCACCAAUGUCUCCCAUUACGAGUUUUCCACACCUGCAGCUCCCACCAGAGGGCCCCAUCCACCAGCCUGCGGCAAUAUCACUGCGUUCAGGACUACAGAUAAUCAAAAGCCCGAAGUCUACCUUUCUGUGGAGCAGAAAAAGCCUGGAAUAGAGAUGGACUUCCUACCAAUUAGACAGUCAGAGCAGCACCAUAUGGACGGAGUGAAUACUAGUUGGGUAGAGUUGGGCGAUGAAGGUUGCAGCGUUCACCUACACAAUGCCGAGCUCAUUCGCCUUCAUGCCAAAAUAAAUGAGACCGGCUUUAUUUUCGCUUCUGUCUACUUCAAACUAAGUCUAAACUGGGGCGUGGACAACGUUACGAUGACACUCAUUUCAUCACGGAAAAGGAUAGCGGAACGGAUUUUAAUGAAUAUUAGUCAGGAAAAUAGAAUGUUCCCUCUUGAAAUGGAAAUCGACGAGAUCCUACUCGAGGCAAAAACGGUGCUAUUUUCACAGGCGAUCAUGACGCUGCAAUCCUACAUCUGCCAUAGGGAGCUGCCUAUCUCCACUUCACCUACAAUCUCCACCACUUCAGAGACCGCUUUCACAACACCUUAUUUGCCAUUUUCCGAAUCUUCAGCAGCAUUAGGAACGACAACUGCAAUCUCCGAAUGUAUCCCUGUGUCGGGGAUGCUGUCGAAGGAUGUACGUUUCUUUUAUACUUUCCUUUAG